UCCUCGAUCUCUUGAGAACUUUGACGCCAUUGCUCCUCCUCCUCCUCCUCCUCCUCCUCGUCCCUGUCGAUCUCUUUCCAUCGAUCUCCAACCCCGAUUGAUCUUCUCUUUCGUUGAGAGAGGUCCAAGGUUGGCAUUCUCGUAGCUUAACUGUCUCGAAGAUGUCGUGGCAAGCAUACGUGGAUGAUCACUUGAUGUGCGAUAUCGAUGGUCAGCAUCUGACCUCUGCCGCCAUCUUCGGCCACGACGGCAGCCUUUGGUCGCAGAGCGAAUCCUUCCCUCAGGUUAAGCCUGAGGAGAUACUUGCCAUUAUGAAUGAUUUUGCUGAACCUGGCUCACUUGCUCCAACUGGUCUCUUCCUUGGUGGUACAAAAUACAUGGUGAUCCAAGGUGAACCGGGGGCUGUUAUUCGAGGAAAGAAGGGCUCUGGAGGUGUUACCGUGAAGAAAACUAAUUUGGCUCUGAUCAUUGGUGUUUAUGAUGAGCCAAUGGCUCCAGGGCAGUGCAACAUGGUUGUCGAGAGGCUUGGUGAUUAUCUCUAUGAUCUAGGUUUCUAGAUUUCAUGUGUUAUUUGCUAAUUCCUUUCCCAUCUUUACAUGGUCGGCUCUUGUAAUUUGACGUGUUUGAACAAUAUUCAACUUGAAGUUGUGUUUUCUUUGCUGGUGAUUGUGAUCAUCCUCUAUCUGUUGUAAAAGAGUGGUGAACUUUGAAUGGUUUUUGUAAGCAAUUUGGAUUUAUAAAGUUUGUGCAGAUUGGUUGCAUUUCUA